AUGGCCUUCACGGACAUUGGGCAUGAGAUUGUCGCAGGCUGUAUCCUCACUGUCUUCAGCAUUUUGCCCCUGGGUCUCCCCCGGGCCUACGAGUGCAGCUGGCGGGCGUCCUGGUUCCCGCGGGAGGAGGGGCUUGCUCGCCGGGGCGUCGGCAUCAUGCCUUUCCCUUGCGCAGGCCACCAGCAACGGGAGGGGGUGGGCUGGGGGGUGUCCUUCCUUCCCAGAUCCUUCCGGCCCAGGGUCCGCAGCGCAGGUCCUAAUCUGAAGGAGUGGCUGAGGGAGCAGUUUUGUGACCAUCCACUGGAGCACUGUGAGGACACGCGGCUCCAUGACGCGGCCUACGUGGGGGACCUCCAGACCCUCAGGACCCUGCUGCAAGAGGAGAGCUACCGGAGCCGCAUCAACGAGAAGUCUGUCUGGUGCUGUGGCUGGCUCCCCUGCACACCCCUGCGCAUCGCAGCCACUGCAGGCCACGGGAACUGCGUGGACUUCCUGAUCCGGAAGGGGGCCGAGGUGGAUCUGGUGGACGUGAAGGGACAGACGGCUCUGUACGUAGCUGUGGUGAAUGGGCACCUGGAGAGUGCCCAGAUCCUCCUCGAGGCUGGUGCCGACCCCAAUGGAAGCCGGCACCAUCGCAGCACCCCUGUGUACCACGCCUCUCGCGUGGGCAGGGCGGACAUCCUGAAGGCCCUCAUCAGGUAUGGGGCCGAUGUCGAUGUCAACCACCACCUGACUCCUGACAUCCAGCCCCCCUUCUCCCGGCGCCUCACCUCCUUGGUGGUCUGCCCCUUGUACAUCAGCGCGGCCUACCACAACCUCCAGUGCUUCAAGCUGCUCCUCCAGGCUGGGGCAAACCCUGACUUCAACUGCAACGGGCCUGUCAACACUCAGGGCUUCUGCAGGGGCUCCCCCGGGUGUGUCAUGGAUGCGGUCCUGCGUCACGGCUGCGAGGCGGCCUUCGUUAGCCUGCUCGUGGAGUUCGGAGCCAACCUGAACCUGGUGAAGUGGGAGUCCUUGGGCCCAGAGUCGAGAGGCAGAAGGAAGGUGGACCCUGAGGCACUGCAGGUCUUCAAAGAGGCCAGAAGUGUCCCCAGGACCUUGUUGAGUCUGUGCCGUGUGGCCGUGAGAAGAGCGCUCGGCAAGUACCGGCUCCACCUGAUCCCCUCACUGCCUCUGCCGGACGCUGUCAAGAGGUUUCUGCUCUACGAGUAGAGGAGUAGAGCGCAGGGGCGGCGGUGAGGAGGAGGGCGCCGCUGCGGAGAGCAUGGACUCCGACUCGUGCCCCCGGGAGCCGCAUCCUGGGCUGCUGGCUAAGUCCCGUUCGGCUUUGGUAAAGCAGAAUCAGCCUUGUUCUUGUGGACUGUAAUCCCAUCUCAGGUGCUUGGGGCUUCGGAUGGUCCUUGGGUCAGUACCAGCGGAGAGGCUCAUACAAAACUUAAUUUUGUUCUUCCUCAGUAUCUGUGUUUUGGAUUUGCGCCGUUGAGCAUUAAAGAAAUGGGCCUUGAAACGAGGGCAAGUUCGGGCUGAGGUUGGAGGCCUGCUGAUAGCCUAGCGGGGAGAACUAGCACUUUCCAGAACUGUGCUUCUGUGUUUGCCUCUCAGUUUAAUGGUUGGAUUAAAGGGAGUUUGGUAUGAAAGUACAGUACAGAGA